CCUUUUUAUUUUUCAUCUCUCCCUCCUAAUCUCAAAUCUCAUUCCCAAGCUCCAAUCUCUCUUUCUCUCUCUCCCAAAUCUCACGAUGCAACCUCAGCCGCAUAUUUCUCCGACCACCGCAACUGCCGCGAUCUCAGCCGCGCUUGAAUCUCAGCGCGUCCGAAAAAACCGAGGAAGUUACAAUUGCGGUAGAUGUGGUCAACCUAAGAAAGGCCAUGUCUGUCUUUUAACUGCUCCACCUGAUAUCCCCACUACUCCGAUCGCUUCUGAGCCAGUGAGCUGUAUCUCCGCCGCCGCAUCUUCUUCCCGUUCCACUGUCUUAUCCUUAACGACGGCGCCAUCAUCGCGUCAGUCUUUCACUCACUUACGCCGCGCUUUAUCUUUCGAUGAUAUCGAUGCGCGUAAUUCUCUGGAUGAAUCCGAUCUAGAUGCUGCAUCGGCGGAUCUGGAUCUACAUUUGGAUACGGAUAUUGUUCAGCCUGGGAGGUUUCAUGCGGUUGGUUUAUGGGAGGUGCUUAAGAGGCUACCACCGUCGAGUUUACUGAUGGCGGCUAGGGUUUGCAAAGGAUGGAGAGAGACAUCGAGGAAGAUGUGGAAAGCGGCGGAGGAGCUUCGGAUUAGGGUUCCGGAGAGAGCUCAGAUUGGAUACAUUGGAUCUUUAUUACAAAAGUGUCCUCGACUUAUUAGACUCUCACUCAAAAUCGAGAGUGAUUUUGACGCGACGACUCUGGCUUGCAUUGCAUUUUCUUGUCCUAACCUGGAGGUUUUGGAGAUUACUACUUCGGGUGCAGCUGUCAAUAGGAUUUCUGGGGAUGAGCUGGGUCGGUUUGUUGCUAAUAAACGAGGACUUACAAGCCUUAAGAUGGAAGGAUGUUCCAACUUGGGAGGAUUUUCCCUCUCUUCAUCAAGCCUCUCCACACUCUGGCUAUCUGAUCUUCAUUCUCUCUCAAAGAUGAUCUUCAACUGUCCAAAUCUUACGGAAAUAUCACUUGAAUUUUCUCGCCAAGAAGAUGAUUCAACUGAUCUUGUAACAAUGGUUGAUGGUUUGGGAAGGACUUGCACUAGAUUGCAGAACAUUCAUAUAGCCUCUUUGAAGCUUUCACAUACUGUUGUACUUGCUCUUACUGCUGUGAAUUUCAGGUAUUUGAGAAUGCUCUCGCUAGUUCUUGGAAUAGAUAUCACCGAUGCAUCUGUUGCUGCCAUUUCCUCAAGUUACACAAACCUUGAACUGCUUGAUCUGAGUGGUUCCAGCAUUACUGAUACUGGCCUCGGGAUGAUCUGCGAUGUCUUACCUGAUACACUCUCAAAAUUACUUGUUGCUCUUUGUCCCAACAUUACAUCAAGUGGCAUUCAAUUUGCUACUGCUCAAUUGCCCCUUCUUGAGCUGAUGGAUUGUGGCAUGACUGUGUCUGAUCCCAACUCUGAUGAUCCGACCAUUGUAGAGAAUCCAAGUCCACAUAAAGCACCAGGCUACAAUCAGAAGAUGUUUAUCAAACAUAAACGACUGAAAAAACUCAGUUUGUGGGGAUGCUCCAGUUUGGACGCUUUGUUCCUAAACUGCCCAGAGCUCAUGGACUUGAACUUGAACUUAUGCAGCAAUUUGCAUCCAGAGAGUUUGGUGCUACAAUGUCCAAAGUUACAACUUGUAUACGCUUCAGGAUGUCAAGACCUAUUGACAGGAGCUAUCCGGAAACAGGUUUCUGAAAACUUUGCCGCUGGGGAAAACCAUAUGCCACGGAAACGCUUGGCUGAUGCGUCGAAGAGGAUUCAAGCUCUACCUUCAUUAUACGAAGAAACAAGAGAGGAUGAUAAUUAUGCAGGGAAGAGAAGGAAGUUGGAGAAAGAAGUGUGUACCAUUAUACAUUAAUAAUCCUUUAUUGGACUCAUCACAAUUUUCAUCUAUUUAUAUUUAUAUUAAUAUUUAUAUUUACUGUACUGUGUACAUCUGAUUAUGUUGGAUCACGUUCUGUUCUGUUGUUUCACUUAUCAACUUUACAUGUUUAUCUUUGUUCUCCAAUUGCUUCGAAUAAAUUGUAUAAUAACAU